AACAUAACCAAUACUUAUUUUCAAUUUUGGAGCUUUCUUCUUUCUCACUUGGGAGUGUCUCAUUUGGUUUGGCAGUGACAACGCACACUUCACAUUUCUUCUAAACAAAAAUGUUACCUCAAACACUAGUUAACCCUGAAUUUCUCUUUCUUACAAUAUUCAUACUCAUUCUAUUGGUUACUAUAUUUCUUCACUCAAAAUUGCAUAAAAAAAAUGGUAGGAAAAAUCCACCAGGUCCAAAACCAUUGCCAAUUAUUGGUCACCUUCACAUGCUAGGUAAACUUCCACAUCGUACCCUUCAAUCCCUUUCACAAAAAUAUGGACCCAUAAUGUCAUUGAAAUUAGGACAAGUCCAAACCAUUGUAGUUUCAUCAUCUCAAAUUGCUGAACUAUUCCUCAAGACCCAUGAUAGUAUUUUCUCUAGUAGACCCAAAACUUUUGCUUCAAGUUAUUUUUCAUAUGGUGGAAAGGGCAUAGUUUUCACUGAAUAUGGGGACUAUUGGCGAAAUAUGAGGAAAUUGUGUAACAUUCAAUUGUUGCAUACUUCAAAAGUUGAAAUGUUUGCUCCUUUGAGGAAGGUAGAAGUUGGAUUGUUGAUUAAGUCAUUAAGAAAAUCAGCAACAUUACAUGAGGUUGUUCAUGUUAGCAAGGUUGUAGCUGAGCUUAUUGAGAAUAUCAAUUACAAAAUGAUAUUGGGUCGAAGCAAAGAUGAUAAGUUCGACUUAAAAGAGCUUGUUCACGAGGAAUUGACAUUGAUUGGAAUGUUUGAUCUGGCUGACUAUCUACCUUGGUUACGUCCGUUUGAUCUUCAGGGAAUAGAAAGACGUUGUAAGAAAGCAUGGAAGCAACUUGAUGAAUUUUUGGAGUACAUAAUAAAAGAGCACGAGAAUCCAUCAAUUGAAGAACAAAAAGGUCAUAACAACAAAGAUUUUGUAGACAUAUUGUUAUCACUCAUGAACCAACCAAUUGAUUUCAAAGACAAAAAAUAUGACAUUGAUAGAACCAACAUCAAGGCUCUUAUAAUGGAUAUGAUUUCAGCAGCAAUAGACACAACAGCUGUUGCAACUAAUUGGGCUCUUUCACUACUUCUAAAGCAUCCUAAUGCAAUGAAGAAACUUCAACAUGAGCUAGAAAAUGUGGUUGGAAUGAAUAGACAAGUGGAAGAGAGUGACUUGGCAAAUUUGCCUUACUUGUCUAUGGUUAUGAAAGAGACCUUAAGGUUGUUUCCUGUUGGACCUUUGGGAGCACCUCAUGUGUGUCUUCAAGAUGUUGUUGUAGAUGGUUAUUACAUAAAGAAAAAUACAACAGUUUUAAUAAAUUUAUGGACAAUAGGGAGAGAUACUAAGGUUUGGUCAGAUAAUGCUGAGAUGUUUUGUCCAGAGAGAUUUAAAGAUAGUAAUGUAGACCUUCGCGGACACAAUUUUCAACUCAUACCAUUUAGUUCAGGUCGAAGAAGUUGUCCCGGAAUGGAAAUGGGAUUAACUAGUUCGAAAUUGGUUGUGGCUCAGCUAAUGCAUUGCUUCGAUUGGGAGCUUCCAUAUGGUAUGUCUCCAGAUAAUUUAGACAUGUCUGAAAAAUUUGAGCUCACAAUUCCGAAAAGUCAACCCUUAUUAGCUGUGCCAACCUUUCGUCUGGUUGCUUAGUCAUAUAUGAAUUCCCUGCAAAUCAAGACUUAAUGAAAUUUUAAAAAGAAUUAAAAUAGUUUGAAGUCAUUUGCAGCAAAAUAAUGGACAUCCAGCAAAAUACUAAGUAAAUCUGAGAAUUAUUGUGGUGAGUGUUUAUUUAUAUGUAAAAUACAAACUUUUGUUUUUUGCUUUAUAAAUAAAGGAAAAAGUAAUGUAAGAUUUGGUUGGGCUUGUUUGUAACAUUUAAAUCAAACAAUAUUGCUUUUCUUCUAUAUAUAGAUUGAAGAUAGACUAUUUUGAAUAUGCCAUUCUUUUGUCACUCUACAAAUUUCUCGCAUGCCAUAUAUAUUUUUACUUAUCAGCUACUUAAGUAGCACGUGAUGUUAGAAAAUAUGGUGGGCGGCAAAAGGAUGUCCCAUUUUGAAUUGCCUAAGAGGUUAAUAUGAGUUUUACAAAUUAUUGAGCUAUUCAUCUGUCUCAAAAUAAGCAUCCUUUAAAAUUGUUUCACAUAGAUCGAGAAAGUCAAUAAAGCAAAAGGAGAAAGCUUAAAGACAUCUAAAUUAUGUUGGCACCUCUUUCCUUACCCCACAAACAAGCUAGCACUGAAAUAAAUUAAAAAGAGAAGAAAAAAAAAUACAAAGAAAAUUUGGGGGGAACCAGACCAAUACCCAAGUGGGAGCUA